AUGUCUAGAACAAAAAAUUAUAUUGUUCAUACCCAUUUUAAUGGAGAGACUUUCAUCUCUGAGAAAUCGGGUUUUGGGUUUCAAAAUACAGAUCUUACCCGAUUAACAAUGAGUAGAAAAGCAAAUUUUGUGCAUUUCAAAGAGCGCAUACAGUCGAAGAUAUUGUCUGGUCAAAUCUCUCAGAUCAUUUAUAGAAGUCCUGUUUUUUUUUACAACAAUCAGGUCAAGUAUUUUCAAGAGAAAAUACAAGACGACAGCGAUGUUGAUCAAAUGUUUGAUAGUCAUGAACACUCUGGGUUCGACUAUAUCGAGUUUUAUCUGUUACUCUGUCAAACUAAACAUGAGGUUGGCGAAACAACGGAUAUAGAUGAAAUUGAUGUUGUGGACAAGGAGGAAGAAGAUCCAGAGGCCAUGGUUGAUCAAAUGGUUAAUUUGUUCGGGACUGGGGACUACACUGCAAUGACUCCCCUGCAAGACAUAGAUGAAGAGGCCCUACCAUUAAAUCAAGUGUAUUGUCCUCCCCAACACAUGACGAACUUGCAAUUCAGUGGAGACGAUACUUCCUCAGAUUAUUUCUACAAUCCUUCUCAACAAAUUGAAGGUGUCUUGAAAGUCGGAAACCAGUACCGCACAAAAGAGGAGUGCAUGAAAGCCAUAAGAAAGUUUCAUAUGGAUAACUUUGUUGAUUUUUACAUCAAUCGGAACGACUCAAAACGCUAUGUCAUAGUUUGUCGUAACGCAAGUUGCAAGUUUCGGUUAGCAGCGUCCUAUCGGAAAAGAAGUGAUUGUUGGGAGAUAGGCUCGAUGGAUCCACCUCAUAGUUGCGCAACCAACAUCAAUCGGCAAGAUCAUGGAAAACUAAGCUCUCAAUUGAUAUCCCAAGAGAUUUUGCAUCUUGUGGGCGUAGAUCCAUCUGUGAAGGUGAGCACAAUUAUCUCUCAUGUUGUUGCACGGUUCAACUAUACCCCAUCGUAUAGGAAAGCUUAG